AUGGGGUCAAAGUGUCAGCUACUGAGGAAGAGACAAAAGACGUUGAACGGUCAAAAAGACAAGAGGAUAAGCUCGACCACGUGCGGCGGGCCAACACGGCGGUCCUACCACCGUAGCCGUCGUGGCCAGAACCAUCGAGCUCUUCUCUUGUCACUUUCUCACACCGGGGUCCAGAUUUAUUAUUGUGUUCACUUUAUGAAAUUUCCAAUUUAG